CUCAGCACGGCCCGGCUCACUUUGCCUCCCCUCCUCCUCCCACCUCCUCUCCCCAGUUUGGGAUGUAACCUGAUAGUCCGGCCUGCUGACUGAGCUCCUUGUGUCGGUGGUCGGUUGCUGCUCUGGAGGCCGGGAGCAGGAGAGAGUCUGCCCGGACCUGUGCGUCUGGAGACGGGUGUGUGUGUGUCUCGGUCUGCUCCUCCGGUCCACUCGGGACUAACCGGGUAACGCUCCGGUACCGGGGAGGUGGAUGUGUGUUCUGACCCGCAGGAGGCACCUGGAGUCCGGGAGGGGAGACGGGGACGAUGGCGCAACGGUAUGAAGACCUGGCCCACUACGGGCUGGAGGGCGUGGGUGGGGUGUACGGAGACCCGCACCACCAUCACCACCACCACCACGCCGCCCGCUCACUGCAGGCCGUGCACCUGGCCGCUGCCGCCGCCGCCGCUGCAGCCAGUCCAUACCCUCCACACCAGUACGGCCAGUCCACCCACACCAGCAGCAGCGGCAUGGGUGCCACAGCUGGGGACGCCGUCAAGAGGGACAAAGACGCCAUUUAUGGACAUCCUUUAUUCCCUCUGCUCGCACUGAUUUUUGAAAAAUGUGAAUUGGCGACCUGCACGCCGAGAGAGAGCGGCGUGGCCGGAGGAGACGUCUGCUCCUCGGACUCCUUCAACGAGGACAUCGCCGUCUUCUCCAAACAGAUCCGAUCAGAGAGGCCUUUAUUUUCAUCAAAUCCAGAGCUGGAUAAUUUGAUGGUACAGUCGAUACAAGUGCUGCGAUUCCACCUCCUGGAGCUGGAGAAGGUUCAUGAGCUUUGUGAUAACUUCUGUCAUCGAUACAUCAGCUGUCUGAAAGGCAAAAUGCCGAUCGAUCUGGUUAUGGACGACAAAGACGGAAACAAGUCGGACAGUGAGGACUUCAUCAGGUCCUCGGGGAACAACAUUGAUCAGAUUUCAUGGAGCAGAGAUCAUGACGACGUGGCAUCGAUCCGGUCGGCCGGGACGCCGGGACCGUCCAGCGGUGGACACACGUCGUACAGCGGAGACAACAGCAGUGAACACGGUGACUGCAUGGAUAACGGCGUGGCCUCUCCCAGCACCGGGGACGACGACGACCCCGACAGAGAGAAGAUGCACAACAAAAAGAGAGGCAUCUUCCCCAAAGUGGCCACCAACAUCCUGAGAGCCUGGCUUUUUCAACACCUGACGCACCCGUACCCGUCGGAGGAGCAGAAGAAGCAGCUGGCUCUGGACACCGGCCUCACCAACCUGCAGGUCAACAACUGGUUCAUCAACGCGAGGCGGCGGAUCGUUCAGCCGAUGAUCGACCAGUCCAACAGAUCAGUGGGCCAUGCAGGACCGUACGGCCCAGAUGGUCAACCAAUGGGAAGCUUCAUUAUGGACGGACAGACACACAUGGGAAUCAGACCACCUGGUCCUUUAGGUGGAGUGGGGAUGGGGGUGGAGGGACAGUGGCACUACAUGUAGCACCACCACCUCCACGCUGCAGCCAGAGGACACGCCCAUUGACCCGGGAAACCACCGACUCCCAUCAGCCGGUCUGCAGACCUCCUCGGAAAAGGGAUCUCUGAGCAGGACCCCGUCCUCCUCUAAGCCCCUCCCCCUCUGGGCGUCUACCUGGCCUCCAUAAGGAAAAAAACACCUGAUUUCCGCCGUUACCAUGGAGACGCCAUGUGGCUUACAAUCCAACACAAAAACAAAGAGACCCUGGGGACAGACGGAGAACCUGGAAAGGAAUAAUAAUAAACAGCUGUGUUUCCUCACUGACGACACUUUGGGAGGACUUUUUUUUUUUUCUGAAUCAGGAUCUGGAUUUGGUCGUUUCCUGUGAUGUCAUCAGCCCAGAUUGUCCUCCAACAGAUCUGACCUCCUCUCUCCUCUCUGGACUACAACUACAGAAGCCUCAAGUGGACAUUUUGACACCAGCAGAGCUUCACCUCCACCUCCUCUCCAGCAGUUGUGAACUCAUAUCGACGUGAAGCUGAUGUCUGUAUUUUCUCCCCGAGGCGUUCUUCUUUUUUUUUUUUAAACGUGUCAGCAAACCGUUCUUUCAAGAAGCCGAAGCUCUUUAAAGAUGGACGGCAGAGGUCACAUGACCGAGCGCUGUUUACCGAGAGAGAGACAAGUCGUUACAAGUGCUCUGCUGCUGCCCUUUUUUUUUUUUUUUUCUUUGCAUAAUAUAGUGUUUUAAAGGAAAGGACUUGUGCUGUUUCACGUUUCACACUGUGUGUGUUUGUCUCUUUUUUUUUCAUAGACUUCUAUCUUCCCUCGAGUCCCACAAAACCCUUUUGAGUUCCAAAAUAAAAUAAAAAAAAGUGAAGUGAAAUUUGUUCCCCGGUUUGUGGAAGUAUUUCAUUAUUGACGCCUGGAGGUGUUGGCUCCUCGUAGUGCUGUCAGAAGGAGUUUGUUGUGUAAAACAUGUGAC